AUCAGGCGCUUCCCUUGUUAUCCGUUUAUCCAUUGAAAGAACUCAAAAAGCAAAGAGAAAAUGGCGGCAGCAGCACCAAUGGCUGCAACAACAGCACUUCAGAGCUCAAUCACUUCUCUGUCCCUCUCUUCUAACUCUUUCUUCGGCCAACGCCUCUCCUUUCCCUCUCUCGCUACUACUGCUUCACCAGUGAAGACACCUGAAAAUCAAUGUCUCAUUGUUGCAAGGCUUAAACGAUGGGAGCGGAAGGAAUGCAAGCCAAACAGUCUCCCAAUUUUACACAAAAUGCACGUUAAGAUUGGAGACACAGUUAAAGUGAUAGCUGGAGAUGACAAAGGGAAAGUUGGAGAGGUUACUAAAAUUUUCAGGCAUAACAGCUCUGUGGUAGUAAAUGAAAUAAACCUGAAGACAAAGCAUGUGAAGAGUAAAGAAGAAGGGGAACCUGGACAGAUUAUUAAGAUUGAAGCUCCUAUUCACAGCUCCAAUGUGAUGCUCUACUCAAAAGAAAAGGACGUAGUCAGCCGCGUGGGUCAUAAAGUCCUUGACGACGGAAAGCGAGUUCGUUACCUCAUAAAAACUGGCGAAAUUAUUGAUGGAGUAGAGAACUGGAAGACACUAAAGGAAGGGAAGAAAACCGAAGUAGCUGCUGCUUCAUAGCAAAGCAAUGCACGCGUUGGCAAUUGAUGUAGAUUCUAGAACUCUAGAUGGUACACUAUCAAGAAUUGAGCAUGAAAUGAUUGGUAUAGUCAUUGCUCAAAACAGAGUGAUGGGAUCUUUGGCACACCUAAAAUAUGAAGGUUCACAACGAUCGAAUUGAUCAUCUUUCAUGCAUAAGGAUACUAGAUUAUCUAGUAUAAACAAUUUAAAUAUCAUCACAGAGAAGAGUAUUGUUUUAUUUCUUUUAUUUUUGUAGGGAAAAUUUCAUUUUCAUACCCUGUGGUUUCACCUUUUGACACAAACGGUCCUGUGGUAUUUUCUGAGACAUUCUGCUACCUUGUGGUUUGCCACGUUAUCACUAAUGGUCCAAAUCCUUUAACACCGUUAAAAUGGCUCAUUCUUGAUUUUUAAAAUGUAUGUUUGUCCCAUCUAUAAUUGAAACUUUGCUCUUUUAAAUUUUACCUUUUUUGAAUUUAUGCUAUAGGUUUUUCAAAUGACAUCAGAUGUUUGAUUAUUUGUCUAAAUGAGAAUUGUAUAUGCCACGUCACUAUGCUGACUGUGCAAAAAUGAGCCAUUUUAACGGCGUCAAAGGAUUUGGACCAUUAGUGAUAACGAGGCAAACCACAAGGUAGUGGAAUGUCUCAAAAAAUACCACAGGACCGUUUGUGUCAAAAGGUGAAACCACAGGGUAUAAAAAUGAACUUUUCCCAUUUUUGUAUAGAGAUAAUCCACUUUGAGCUUGAA